AUGACAUUCAAAGCCUCCGAGAUUCCCCUCCAGAACAAUGAGCUGUUCGACGUCAGCGACUGUGUCGCGGUCAUCACCGGCGGUGGCACCGGAAUGGGGUUGAUGAUGGCUAAAGCGCUGGAAGCCAACGGUGCCAAAGUCUUCAUUCUCGGACGACGGCUAGAAGUCCUCCAAGAGGCAGCCAAACAGUCUACAUUCGGCAAUAUCUGCCCCGUGCAAUGCAACAUCACCUCCAAGGACGACCUCCAAAACGCGGUUGAUUACAUUGCCAACGAGGACGGCUACGUCAACCUGCUCGUGAAUAACGCGGGCAUUGCAACGCCAAAUCUCGGGCCACACGCCUCGCGCCCUAAUGCAAAGUGGGACGUCUCCGCAGUGCGGGAGUACUGGUUUGACAAGUCGUUCGCGGAUUACGCCAAGGUCCUAGAGGCGAAUACGAUCGCGCCCCUGCAAGUGUCGUUUGCGUUCCUGGAGCUGCUGGACCAAGGGAACAAGGUGCGCGCCGAGCAGGCCAAGGCGAAAGGGAGAAAGGACUACGUGCGCAGCCAGGUUGUGAUGCUCAGCAGUGUCGGCGGUUUCGGGCGAGACAAUUCGGCAUUUAUCUACGGGGCCAGCAAGGCAGGGACGACGCAGAUGACCAAGAACCUGUCGACGUAUCUGAUUCCGUGGAAGAUCAGAGCGAACGUCAUUGCGCCCGGAUGUGAGCAACUUCUUCAGGGGAAUCGUGUAUCCUUAAUCUAUCCGUGGAAGGCUAACUGGAACGUGCAGAUUUCCAUACAGAGAUGACGGAAGGCUUCUACAAGAGCACUGGGGGGAAACUGCCUGCUUCCAUGGCACCUGAGGAGCGAUUUGGUGACACCCAGGAGAUUGGAGGAACGAUCCUCUAUCUGGCUUCCAAAGCGGGGGCGUACUGCAAC